AAUAUCAACCACGUUUUUGUUUUAUCAACUAGUGCUUAAGGAAUGGAUACUCGCAAUUGGAAAGCUCUCUUUAUGGUGAUUAGCAUAGGAGUUUCGUCAGCUAAAGAACCGGUUCACGUUGGUCAAUGCUACAUUCUAAAAGAUAACCCGGAAGCGAUAGCCACGCCUUCCUACCGGAACCAGACGGUAUCUUCCAAUGGGUGCGUCGGAGACAGUGACUCUAACAUUCAUGUACUUGCAAUGACCUAUGAACCCCCCGAACUUUCCAAGUUCGGGUUCAGCGACGACCGGCUUCGACCAAACGUAACCGUUCAUGUUACUUCUCAUCUCGGCCAGCAAGAAAAACGGCCGACCGUCCUCGUAGUCGCUUCGGCGACCCCGGUCCAGUUGACCGUCAUCAUCGACCGAGGCGUAAAUUUGGAGACGAUCUUAUGGAGCUCCAUGCUGCUGUACAGCGGAAUGUCUAUCCUCAUUGAGCCUGAUGAUGUCCAUCGAAAAAGGCCCAUCUUUGUAGAACUACUCCCCGACAGCAUCGCGAAUAUUGGUGACGGGUCACCUUUCGACCCCCUAAGCGACGACCGAAAUCAUACUGCAGAAUUCCUCGACUACGUACGGAAGAGAUACGGCUACGAGGUCGCUUCUUUCACGGGGACGAAUAAGAAGGUGGACGCGUGGUUGCUGACCAUCAAUGGAGGUCCAAACAUUGAGGUGAAGAAAGACAUCAGCGAAGACAGAAUUCGGAACGAAUCAUCCGGUAAUGGGGAAAGUAGGAUAAGAGAUGUUUCUUCGAAAUUUACAUUGGUAAAAGUAAAAAAUAUGUUCGUGUCGAUUGACAAGACCGACAAUUUGAAACUGUGGAUGUUGCUUUUGAAUGUGGCGGCCAUUUUACUUUUCCUCUCAAGCAAAAGGAAAAAAUAGAUAUAAUUAUACGAUUUUCAGUCAUUACUCACAUCUGCAAAUCGAUGUAUACCAUCUAAGUCUGAAUUAAAAUAUGAAGAAAAAAUAAAAGAAAAAGAUAACAAAUCUACCGUCUCUAAAAUUAAAAAAAAAAAAUUAAAAUCGGGUAAUUAUCAGGCCUGGUAUAGAGAAAAUGAGGGAGGAGCUUGCAUGAUACGUCACAGUGUUGCCGGUUGUUUCGAUCGAUCAAUCGAUUGUUUCACUAAUGACAACUUCAACAAUGAGAUUUUACUCAAACUUUCACAAAAAAAAUUUCCUCAUUUUUCUGCCUUUACUAAAACCAACUUGAUAUCGACAGGGUGGACUUCCUCUCUGAGAGAUCUAUACACUUCUCCCCGCCAUUUUGGUUCUCAUAUUAUUCUGCUUUCAUUCAUACAAUAUUAACUCAUUACGAAUGUUAGAUUGCCCUUUUAAAAUGUGUUUCUGGUCCUGGGGAACUCUUUCAUAAGUUCUAGUAUAGCACGAUCGCAUAGACUUUCAAGAUAUCAACUCAAGGGUGACUUGAAUACCCUUAUAUACGUAGUAUAGAAAUCCUGUCUAGAUUAUGUAAUAUGUAACUGCAAAGUUCGCUCGUUUCAAAAGGUGACAAGUAAGGCUUCUGAAACUGUCUAACAUUGGUUUCUUGAAAGGCUUUGCGAUUGUUUAUGAUUUUGUUUUAUUCGCUCUUGAUAAAUCCAUCAUAACUUGUGAAUAGCUCCAUCUAUAGGUGUAUCAUGGGUAUAGUUCAGCUGAUCUAAAUAUAGCCCUCUAGAAUGAUAAGUAUUAAGAAAUAUAUAACAUUUGUAU